UUCUCAAGGAGAUAAGGGACCAAUAACCCUCCUGGAGCCAGGCCUAGCAAAUUCCAUAAAGACAUGGUGUGAACUUCCACAAACAGUAUCUCUGCAAGACCCCAAGGACGGUUCAUAUUGCUGCGGCAUGAAUGUGGGCAGAAUGCUAGAGAGGAACCUCUGCUACGGGGUCUAAGGUGCAGAGGAGAGGUGAGGUGACAUCCCUGAGGCUAUACAACAAGAGCUGAAAACAUAAGCUAUGUCAUCACCUACAACCCUUAUCACUGAAAGCCAUCUGAAUCCGGUGGGACCAUGAGGCGGGUUCUCCAUCAGCCCAGAUGAUUUAGGAUUACUUUCCGUUCAAAUCAUUGCUGAUGCUCAGCUUGAUUGAGGCCUGGGGACGAGAUGUGACAAUUUCCUGGACGUUCCUAUACAUUAUGGAUGUGCCCACCGCUGAGACGCUGGGGCUGUAUAAACGUGGGCGUGCCACACUGGGACAUCUCGUUUGGGACUCCGUCCGCUACUUAAGAUAGGGAAACAGAGCCGCACAGAGCAUACAAGGGAGUGAUUUGCCCAUGAGCUCACAUCAAGUCUGGUGGAGGGGGAAGUAGAACUCAGAAGUUCUUGACUCCCAAGAGACUUCUUUCUACCAAGUCAGUACUGAACCAGUGCUCUGGACAUUGUGAUUCUGGGACUGAUGUUCUGCAGACAAGACUUAAAACAAGGGAGACUCCACAAUGCCAGCAUCCCAAAGCCGGGCCAGAGCCAGAGAGCGGAACAAUGUCCUGAACAGGGCUGAGUUCCUCUCGUUGAACCAGCCCAUGAAAGGAAACCAGGAGACCAGGAGCUCCAGCAGAAAGCAGGGCAGUCAGUCUGGUCUGGCUCCCACCCAAAACGAAGGCACCAAGGAGCGGAGGCAAUCUCAGCAGCUUCCUGAGGAGGACUGCAUGCAGCUGAACCCCUCCUUCAAGGGAAUUGCCUUCAACUCCCUGCUGGCCAUCGAUAUCUGCAUAUCCAAGAGGCUGGGGGUCUGUGCCAGCCGCGCCUCAUCCUGGGGCAGCGCCCGCUCCAUGAUCACACUCAUUGGGAUCACAGGGCAUGGUGUACCCUGGAUCGGGUGCACACUCAUCUGCCUGGUGAAGAGCAGCACGCUGGCGGGACAGGAGGUCCUCAUGAACCUGCUGCUAGCUUUGCUCCUGGACGUCAUGAUUGUGGCAGGAUUGCAGAAGCUGGCCAAGCGACGAGGCCCAUACGAUGUCCACCCAGGCCUCUUGGACUAUCUGACCAUGGACAUCUAUGCUUUCCCAGCCGGCCACGCCAGCCGAGCUGCCAUGGUGUCCAAAUUCUUUCUCAAUCACCUGGUUUUGGCCAUCCCACUCCGGAUCCUGCUGGUCCUCUGGGCCUUCUGUGUGGGGCUUUCCCGCAUCAUGAUUGGACGUCACCACAUCACAGAUGUCCUCUCCGGCUUUGUCUUUGGCUACUUGCAGUUCAGGCUGGUGGAGUUGAUGUGGAUGUCUUCCAACACGUGUCAGAUGAUAAUAUCAAUCUGGUGAACACAAGAAUCCCUGACGGAAACUAGCAGACACUUUAAGAUUUUCUCUCUCUCUCAUAUUUUUUUUUUAAAUACAAUUCUUCAUAUUUAUUGGAAAAAACUUUAACUUCCAUAAGUAGUAGUAGUCUUUUUACUGUUGCUCCCCUGCCUGAAAAAAAAUGUUUCUUGCAGAUGGUUAGGCUUCAGCAAUCAAGGGCCAGCCAUCACAGUAUUUUGGCCACUUUUUAAAAUCCCAUUUGGAUAGUAACCAAACUAAGCAGUACAGAUAACAAAAUGUCAGGUUUCAGAGUAGCAGCCGUGUUAGUCUGUAUCCGCAAAAAGAACAGGAGUGCUUGUGGCACCUUAGAGACUAACAAAUUUAUUAGAGCAUAAGCUUUCAUGGGCUACACAAAAUGAGUUCUCUUUGGGUGGUGCACAUCUGACGCCCAGGUGUGUUCUCAGAAAGCCUGUUAUCCCUUUGGGAUGCGUUAAUUAGCUUCUUGGAGGCAAAAUAUUUUGGGGCAAAGUACUACAGCACUUUUUCUGUCUGCCAGCCCAACGAUUGUGUCUUGUACCUGGCCAGGCGCACUGCUGAUGCCUCACAGAUAAUAAAUAAUCAUAAAACUUC